AUGGGAAAAACAGCUAACAAGCGGAAGGGCCCCGCGCAUACACCCGGGAGUUCCAAGAAGGGACGUCCACUUGCCUCACCAUCCCCACCGUCCACCUUCCUAAAAGGUCCACAGAGGGAUUCCCCCCCCUCUCCAACUCCGUCGACCGACUCAUCAAUAACAAUGUCGUCAAACUACUCCUCUUCCGACACCGAGUCAAACAAAUCCGCCCAACACUCCGCCCCGACUACUAAACCUCCACCAGCCAAAACAUCCGAACAACAAAUCCCGACAUCAGCCAAACCCAAGCAAAUCAGGCCACCCCCUUAA